CCAGUACCUCACUGAGUUGGACUCUAAACCUGGAGCUGAAGAACUGGAGUCGUCUCCAUGGAUGUUUUAUACUCGACGAUGUGCCGUGCCGAGACUAUUGUGCCUUCCGCCAAGGAAGAUGCGAUGAGCGCGUCGCCAUGCGUCCCCAAGAGAUCCAUCAAAGCCACGGUUGAGAAGAGCCGUAACGAGGUUUUGCCGGUGCAUGCUGGGAUGUUGGUCGCCUUCGGGAGUGGCCAUGAUCUAACGAUCGGAUUUGAUGGAGGAGUGCGAGAUUUGAUGGAGCACGGGAGCACGGAGCGGAUCCAGGGUAAAAGAUUAUUGCUUCAUGUCUUGUCCGAACGACGGUGCUCCGGACGAAAUCAGGCUUGGUGAUAAAUAUGGUCGUGUAACCCGAGCCGAGCAACGUCCACAGUAUUCGUUGCCGCGUCUUUGCAGCGUAUCUUAGGUUGUCUCUCUUGGUCAGGUUGGCUGGAGACGCUUUGGGCAUCCGAUCUCAAGAGGACCUGGCUUGAAAUCAAAACGUGAUCAGUUCGCGUGGGUGGCGGUGUUGCCAAACGGGUUCCGGCCUCCGGCCUGCUAUCAGUGCGCGCAGCGGUAAAUAGAUGGCGAUGCGAGACAACCUAUGCUCAGGCACUGCGCAUGGCUUCUAAUCCGCUGGAUCCAUGAUGUGAAGCAGAUGUGAGGCGUAGGUAAACUCGUCCAGGCAAAUCCAGGCGGAUUCAAGGCUGCCAGAGGCUGUGCUAGAACCGUUGCCAACGCAAUUUGCGCGAAUGCAUGUCUUGAAAUUCGCCAUGGUUCGCUGUUGCAACAUCGUCUGGUCGACUUGUGCGCAUUCGAGGAUGGGUCGUUCCGA